ACAGCAUGGCCAUCUGGUUUGUCCCGUGGCUGGGCUCUUUGCUCCUGGUUUCCCUCUGGGGACCCUCGGCUCCAGCCUCCCUUCUCAGACGCCUGGGUGAGCACAUUCAGCAGUUUCAGGAGAGCUCUGCCCUGGGCCUGGGCCUGGGGCUGGGUGCUGGGGCCCUCCCAAAAGUGGGGUGGCUGGAGCAGCUUCUGAAUCCCUUCAACGUGUCCGACAGACGAUCCUUCCUGCAGCGUUACUGGGUGAAUGACCAACACUGGACUGGCCAGGAUGGACCCAUAUUCCUGCAUCUGGGGGGUGAGGGCAGCCUUGGGCCUGGCUCAGUGAUGAAAGGCCACCCUGCAGCCCUGGCCCCAGCCUGGGGUGCCCUGGUGAUAAGCCUGGAACACAGAUUUUAUGGCCUGAGUAUCCCUGCUGGAGGCCUGGACAUGGCCCAGCUCCGCUUCUUGUCCAGCCGCCAUGCGCUGGCUGAUGUGGUCUCUGCCCGCCUGGCACUUUCCCGCCUCUUUAACGUCUCCUCCUCCAGCCCCUGGAUCUGCUUCGGAGGCUCCUAUGCCGGCUCCUUGGCCGCCUGGGCCAGGCUGAAGUUCCCGCAUCUCAUUUUCGCGUCGGUCGCCUCGUCCGCCCCGGUGCGGGCCGUGCUGGAUUUCUCCGAGUAUAAUGACGUGGUCUCCAGAAGCCUGAAGAGCGCGGCGAUCGGCGGGUCCCUGGAGUGCCAGGCGGCGGUGUCCACCGCCUUCUCGGAAGUGGAGCGGCGGCUGCGCGCGGGUGGGGCGGCUCGAGCAGCGUUGCAGGCGGAGCUGAACGCGUGCGGAUCCCUGAGCCGCGCGGAAGACCAGGCGGAGCUGCUGGGGGCGCUGCAGGCUCUGGUGGGCGGUGCCGUGCAGUAUGAUGGGCAGGCGGGAGCGCCACUGAGCGUGCGGCAGCUCUGCGGGCUUCUCCUCGGGGGCGGGGCCAACCGCAGUCGUUCCACGCCCUACUGCGGGCUUCGGCGGGCGGUGCAGAUUGUCAUGCACAGCCUGGGCCAGAAGUGUUUAAGCUUUUCCCGAGCAGAGACAGUGGCACAGCUGAGGAGCACAGAACCUCAAGUGUCUGGCGUGGGUGACCGUCAGUGGUUGUACCAGACAUGUACCGAGUUUGGCUUCUAUGUCACCUGUGAGAAUCCCAGAUGUCCUUUCUCCCAGCUCCCAGCACUGCCCUCCCAGCUAGACCUGUGUGAGCAGGUGUUCGGGCUCUCACCCUUGUCAGUAGCCCAGGCUGUGGCUCAGACGAACUCCUACUAUGGUGGCCAGACUCCGGGGGCUAACCAAGUGCUGUUUGUUAACGGGGACACAGACCCUUGGCAUGUGCUAAGUGUAACACAGGCUUUAGGAUCUUCAGAAUCAGUUCUUCUUAUCCCUUCUGGCUCCCACUGCUUGGACAUGGCACCUGAGAGGCCCUCAGACUCCCCCAGCCUCCGCCUAGGGCGCCAGAGUAUCUUCCAGCAGCUACAGACCUGGCUGAAGCUGGCAAAGGAAAGCCAGGUUAAGGGUGAGGUCUGAAUCUCAUACCCUUUCCACUCCCUGCAUGGCCAUCUCAGUCCUGGACAUACUCAUUCACUGAACAAAAGAGAGCAGCUUGUUUUGAAAGAAGAAACUCCCAGGAACUGGGAUUCAGCACAUGUUCCACGUGUAACUGGCAUGUGUCGGCAAACAUCUUUAUUCCCAACUUAAAGUGCUUUGUUGCAGAAAGUUAUGGAAUUAUGUCGGAAGAGAUGGCCAGGGGCAGACCUGUGUUACUUAUAGUUAAAUGGUUACGAGCUUGCUUUGCCUUUUAUGCACUGAGAUUUGUGCCACGGAUCGUAUCCAAACUAUGGUGCAGUAAAACAAAAGCAGAGAUUACGCAGUAACGGGAGGCCUCUGGUGAAGACCAUCUGAGAGCACCCUGCAGCCGUGUAACACUCGGUGUGGCUGCAGAGCAGAAAAGAAAAACUGCUGCUUCCCAACACAGAGUUCGUGUAAGGAUCUUGUAAAGGGAGCUUAUGCAAAAGACUCUUGGAAGGAAAUGCAACAUCUGCUCUUAAGACUCGGGAGGGUCUUAGAUGGGUGCUAGUAAGGCUGGAAAGCCUUGCAGGGCAGAGACACCGGAACGCCACAGGCUCUGCCUGUGUUCUCAGAAUGUGGAGCAGUUUUGCUUGCUCUCGGUGCACAAUGCUCGCGAGAUAAAAGCCCCUUGAUGCAUUGUGUGUGGUCAGACGUCUGGGCACCUCGUCCACUGCACCUCUCUUGCCAAAACACCCGGAUAGGCAAUGGAUGGUAAAACCUCAGUGUCCUUAGCAUUUCUUAGGAGAACCGCUUUGAAUUGAAUGGUGCAGACACAGGCUCUUCCUCUGGCUAUCUCCCUGCUCAACACCCCUCCCCACAGCAUGCAAGAUUAACAAAAUAAUUUACCAUAAUAAAAGCGCUUGGAGCCCAAAACUCGGAGCAGAGGCCAAUCACCCCAUGAGCGUGCCUUGGACCCCUGGACCCAUGCUUUAAAAUGCUA